AUGUCAAUCCCUCCCUCUGAUCUUUCUCCUCUGGCACCGGACAUGUCUUUGACUGGACGGCCGCCGGAUCCGCAAACCUCUGCACAUCUCCCAGACAAUCUACAAGGGAAAGCGAUUACUACAGCAACAUUACCUCUGAAUUUCAAAUCAGCGCUCACAGGUCGUGAUCAGGGGAGCCCCGAUACAACCAACCAAUGGCUUUUCGUCGGUGAACAGGACCUCAUUCCUGGCACCUUUGGGGGAGAGCCAUCCCUGCAAAUAUCAGACAAGUUUAGAGAGAAGCUAUGUAUUCCAUGGAAGAAAACUUUGGUCAUUAGGCUCUUAGGACGCUCCAUCUCUUAUGCUUACUUGUGCAGUCAAAUACGGUGGAAGUGGAGACCAACAGGACAUCUAGACAUCAUGGAUCUCAACAAUGAUACAUUCUUAGUGACCUUCAGCAAUGAGCAAGACUACCUAACAGCCCUAACCGGAGGACCGUGGGUGAUUCUAGAUCACUACUUAGUAGUCCACCAGUGGUCGCCUUCGUUCCGCACGGGGCAGAAACCUCACCGCUCAGUUGUUGCUUGGAUCCAACUCCCAGAAUUUCCGGUCCAUUUCUAUCACAGGGAAGUUUUGUUUGCCCUGGGGAAUCUUAUCGGCCGCACAGUGAAGCUUGAUUAUCACACGGAGCACCGGCAAAGGGGGAAAUUUGCUCGAAUUGCGGUAGAAUUGGACAUGUCCAAGCCGGUGCCAACUCGAAUUUACCUGGAUGGUUUCUGGCAGGCCGUGCAAUAUGAGAACCUUCCACUGAUUUGCUUCGAAUGUGGCUGUGUUGGGCAUACGGAGGAUUCGUGUUCAUCGAGGAAAUCUCAAUCGGCCAUGGAGAUAGUGGUGGCCCAAACCGGCGACCGCAGCUCCAUGCCGGAGGACUCACCGCCGGAACCACCGUCGGGCUAUGGACCCUGGAUGCAAGUUACGAGGAAAUCACGGAAGCAAUCUGGGAAAGUUACCCCUUUGGGUGAGCAAAAUCAGAAAAAUCGAAUCAACGGACAUACGGAUUCGAGGCGCCCGUCUAGCAAGGCAGCCACAAAAGGAAAUCUUCAUACAGCAACGGGCGGGUCGAAAGAAGGUAAAGGGAAGGAAACUGGUAAGCCAGAGCAACGACAUGGAAGCCAGAAAGGGAAGGCAGUUAAAGAGACAGAGUGCAGCAAGAAUUUCCACCAGAAUUCGUCGAAACAGACGUGGCGCCCGAUUGGGCCGAAUGCAGCGUCUUCCUCCAAGGAUGGUCAGGCCAUCAUAAAACCCACUUCCAAGGAGACAACUAACCAACUGGACUCGGAGACCAUUGGGCCUGUUACCCGAAUUUUAGGCCCAAACAAUACCAAUAUUCAAGUGGUGGCAGUUCCAUCUCUUCGGCUGCCAGGGAAAGAAAACGGAGACCCCAACCAAACCGCUUCGUCGAUCAGACACCACUACCAGAAAAAAACAGGGGGAAAAUCGCCGACUCAAGAGAAAAAGAAAGGUUUAAACCUCAAGCCGAGCAAAAAGUCGGUGAUAGUCCCUUCCACUGCUAGGCGAGAACUCAAACGAGAGCUGAACAGGAAUGUGAAGAACCCUUCUUUUCCGAUCACCAUCCAAGCCAUUGAAGCCCUCUUCAACAACAAUCCUGAAUUAACAUCUCUCGCAAACCAACAAGCCUCUGGGAACAGCGAUGAGCUUAUGGAGGAGGAGCCGGCGGCCCGGGACAAUUCGGGGACUCUGGUGAAAAAUGCGAGCCAGCAGGCCCUCACUCCGAAUGCGACUUCGGCGACCUGA